UGGGCCAUUUCGCAAUUCGUGGUGCAUGCCCAAACACGAAAGAUCCACGAGAUUCAACCCUUACCCAAGAUCUAACACCAAGUCACAGAACCAAGGUAGGCGCCCAAAUCUUCCAUUUGUUCUUCAAUUUCUCAUCCCCAAUUCUCCCUCCAUUUACAAAUCUUCUUCACAUGUUUAACAUCCGAGACGCAAUCAUCAAACGAUUGUUCAUCAAUUCAUUGAAACAACAAUGCAAAUCAGGGUUUACCAACAUAAAUCAAGCAAUUUCUCUCUUUAAUCAGAUGUCAUCUUUAGAUUCCUUACCUUCUGCUAUGGAUUUCAAUCACCUUUUCAACGCCAUCUCCAAGAUGAAGCCUCAAAGACAUCAUUCCGUCAUCAUUUCCCUCUCCAGGCAGCUGGAGUUAUCGGGUCUCCGCCCCAAUAUGCAUACACUGGGUAUCCUCACCAAUUGUUACUGCCAUUUGGGCCGGGUUGAUUUCGCCUUUUCGCUACUCGGUAAGCGCAUUAAGUUAGGGUUUGAUCCUGAUAUUGUGAUUUUUACUACUUUGAUUAAUGGGAUUAUUGAUGAUAAUUACAAUAAUGUUGGUCAAGCUGUUAAAUUGUUGGAUAAAAUUGUUAAGCUUGGGAUUCAACCUAAUGUUGUUACUUAUGGUGCUGUUGUUAAAGGGCUUUGUAGGAAAGGGAAUAAUGUGGGUGCUAUUAAUUUUCUUAGGAGAAUGCAGUCUGAUGGUGUUUGUAAGCCUGAUGUUGUCAUGUACACUAUCAUCAUUGAUAGUCUUUGUAAGGAGAAUAUGAUGUCUCAAGCUGUGAACCUGUUGGAGGAGAUGCAGAGAGAGGGCAUUUCGCCGAAUGUUGUUACUUACAGUGCUUUAGUUCAAGGGUGUUGCAAUUCGGAAAAUGGAAAGAGACCGUGAAUUGUUGUUUGUUUGGAGCCAUUGAAAAGAUAAUUGUCAAAUGUUGACUGAGAUUUUAGGGAGUAGGUCUCCAUUGGGUUGAAGAUUGAGCUCAAUGGGGAGUUCAUGAGUGAGAGGCGUGAUGUUCAUGCUCGGAUGUCCUAACUUUACUUGAUUAGUUGGAAUAUAUUCAUGUGGAGAAAUGCCUAGGAAUCACUGGUGUUGGAUUUUCCGGUCAGGAAGGUAGGUUGUGAAGCUGCUAAAUGGUGAUUUGAAUUUGUUCACAUUACUUGAUAGAUAUUGCCAGAGCGGAAACACUAGCAUGGACUUAUCAAGGCGCCUAGGCAUGUUAUGUGGGAAUACACAUUCUAAAGACACCGUUUUAUUUAGAAUGUCAAGGGUGAUGGUGAAUGCCAAAGCGAUUUCCUCUAUUGUUGUCUACAAUAUCCUAGUGAAUGGCUUUCGUCAGGCUAUCCACUGAAAGAA